AUGUUUGAAAAUAUCCCCAUGGGUCCUGCGGACCCGUUUUUUUAUCUGAAGAAAAAGGCCGAUGAAGAUAAUCACCCAGAUAAGGUCGACAUAGGGGUAGGGAUAUACAGGAGCGAGCAAGGGACCUACCAGGAGCUGGCUGUUGUGAAGAAAGCAAAGAAAAUACUGGAUCAGCUUGACUUGGGACAUGAUUAUGGACUCACUACUGGAGAUGAUCGAUUCCUCAAGCUCGCUGCCGAAGUAAUUUUUGGCAAUGAUAAUGAGGCGUUAGUGUCAGGGCGGAUUGCAUCUGUCCAGACCCUUUCAGGUACAGGAGCCAACCACAUCGCCGCUAUCUUCCUCGCCAGACUACUGGAUACGAAGCCAGCCGUCUACCUCGGAACACCUACCUGGAAUAACAUGAAGCCGCUCUGUGAUCAUGCAGGAUUAGAGACCGUCGAAUACCCAUACAUUGACCCGCAGACAUCCAAAUUCUCCUUCCAGCCCUGCAUUGACGCAAUCAGAACCGCACCUGCUGGGAGUGUAUUUGUCCUACAGGGCUGCUGCCAUAACCCUACCGGCAAGGACAUCACACCGGAACAGUGGCAGCUGUUCGGAGAGAAAAUCAAAGCCCAUGGUCACCUGGCUUUCAUCGACAUCGCCUACCAGGGACUUGGUGACGGGUUAGAUGAGGAUGCCGCGGGCGUUCGGAUACUUUCGCGUCUUGGCAUCGAUAUGGUCGUGUGCCAAUCAUUCUCAAAGAAUUUUGCUCUGUACGGCGAGCGCUGUGGAGUGCUGCAUAUAGUCACAGGGUCGGCCGAGGCUGCGAAAAAUACCAAAGAUCAGCUGCGUAGCCUGAUACGUCGCGAGUACUCCUCCUCGCCAGCUUAUGGAUCACGGUUGGUUACGAUCGUGUUGGAAAAUCCCGAGCUGCGUCGGGAAUGGGUCGAGGAACUUACGUCUAUGAAAGCGAGAUUACAUCAGAACAGACAUCGACUAUACAAAGAACUUUCGACGGUUCUCAAAACACCAGGUAAUUGGAAACAUAUUGUAGAGGAGAAGGGGCUCUUUUCGUGCCUCGCCCUCAACCCCGCACAGUGCAACGCACUGAUUGACAAUUACCACGUACAUCUCCCAGUUAGCGGCCGUAUCAAUGUCGCUGGGUUGAGUACAAAUAACAUUGAGCGGACAGCCCGUGCGAUUGAUGCAGUGGUCCGAAGUAAUUUGUCUUAA